UAACUGCCGCUUAAACAGGUGAAUACACUCCAGCCUCAUUCUGUGCGAGUUUCCUGAAAACACAAUGUUGAGAAUCUUCAGCAGAACUAUGGUGAAGUUGGGGAAGAUGAAUCCUCCAGACCAGGUCCGAUCUUAUCAGUUAGUGAAGCCUGUACGAGUGAUUCUUAUUAGUGACAGAUACUUGAACCAGCAGAAGGGACUUCCCAGGGUACCUGUCCCCCCUCUGCGGAAAACAUGUGAGGGCUACCUCAGUGCCCUGGAGCCCAUAAUAGAAGAGAAUGAGUGGAAGCGAGCGAAACAGCUGGUUGAGGCCUUUAUGAAAAGAGGAGGGGUUGGAGAGGAACUGCAGAGAAGCCUGGAGAAGAAAGCAUGCAACACUGUCAACUGGAUAACAGACCUGUGGGGGAAGUUGGAAUACUUUGGGAACCGGAGCCCUGUGGUGAUUAACGCAAAUGUCCAGAUUGCGUGUCCUCGAUUGGAUUUCAGGGAUAAACAGGGACAAAUUAGGUGUGCAGCCAAACUAAUAGUAGCUCUUUUGGAAUUUAAGACAACCAUUGAAAACCCACCUCGGUUUACUGAUGGAGGCUGUGUCUUUCACAGUGAGACAUUACCAGCUGAGAAUCUGGGAGGGAAACCUCUUUGUAUGGAGCAAUAUUCCCAGUUGCUGUCAACCUGCCGCAUCCCAGGUCUGGAGAGGGACUCGGUGGUGUUCCAUGCCAAGAUCGGCAAUCCACCCAAACACAUCACAGUGGUAUAUAACUCUCAGUUCUUUGUGGUGGAGGUCUACCACAAUGAUGGGACUCCGCUGACAGUUGAUCAGCUUUGUGUUCAGAUGGAGAGCAUUUGCACCUCCACAUCAGAGACUAACACGGAGCCUGUCGGUAUCCUCACCACCCUGGAUCGUGACUCUUGGAGCAAAGCAUAUCUCAGUCUGAAAGAUCAAACAAACAAAGAAUCACUGUCAGCCAUUGAAAGGAGCAUCUUCACAUUGUGUUUGGAUAGAGCCAUACCUCGAGAGUCUGACAAGUACGGCACAUGUGAUUGCCACCUAAUAACACAUGGAGGAGGCAGCCAGUGGAAUAGUGCCAACCGCUGGUUUGACAAGUCACUGCAGAUAAUUGUUGCAGAAGAUGGGUCAUGGGGUUUAAAUCUGAUUCAUGUUGUUGCUGAUGGUGCAGUUAGUAUGGCCCUCACUGACUAUCUUGUCGCAUCCAUGAAGAAGCCAGAGAUGAGGCAAGCUUCCAUUCUGCCUUUACCUAUGCCCCAGAAACUACACUUCCAUGUCACCCCUGAUAUCAAAGAGAUCAUUGAGCAGGCUAAAAGGAGCAUGGACAGAAACAUCCAAAACUUUGAUCUGAGUGUUAUGGUUUUUGACCACUUUGGAAAAAAUUAUCUGAAGGCCCACAACAUGAGCCCUGAUGCUUUCAUCCAAAUGGCCAUACAGCUGGCCUGCUACAGGAUGAAUAAGCAGGUCUGUGCAUCAUAUGAAGCUGUCAGCCAGCGAAUGUUCAGGCAUGGACGUGUGUCCCUACUGCUUUCGACGACAAGUGUCUCAGCUGCCUUUGUCAAGGCCUUUGAUGACCCUGAAAAGCAGAACACGGAGAAGAUUGAUCUGUUGGAAAAAGCCAUAAAAACACACAAAGAGAAUAUUAAGGCGGUGAGUAUCAUUUACAACAUUUAG